AUAUUAGCAGCUGCCGAUCAUUUGAUUGGGAUGAAAUUUGGAAUGGGUACACUUGAUGAUAUGAAUCAUUUGAAAAAUAAACGUAUUCGCUCUGUAGCGGAUCUUUUACAAGACCAGCUUGGGUUGGCUCUGGCUCGUUUAGAAAAUGUAGUUAAGGGAACUAUCUCCGGAGCAAUUAGGCAUAAAUUGAUACCUACUCCUCAGAAUUUGGUAACUUCAACUCCGUUAACAACUACUUAUGAAUCCUUUUUCGGAUUACACCCAUUAUCUCAAGUUUUGGAUCGAACUAAUCCAUUGACACAAAUCGUUCAUGGGAGAAAAUUGAGUUAUUUGGGCCCUGGCGGAUUAACAGGGCGAACUGCUAAUUUUCGGAUACGAGAUAUCCAUCCUAGUCACUAUGGGCGUAUUUGUCCCAUUGACACGUCUGAAGGAAUCAAUGUUGGACUUAUUGGAUCUUUAUCAAUUCAUGCCAGGAUUGGUGAUUGGGGGUCGUUAGAAAGUCCAUUUUAUGAACUCUUUGAGAAAUCAAAAAAAGCACGGAUACGGAUGCUUUUUUUAUCACCAAGUCAAGAUGAAUAUUAUAUGAUAGCGGCAGGAAAUUCUUUGGCUCUUAAUCGGGGCAUUCAAGAAGAACAGGCUGUUCCAGCUCGAUACCGCCAAGAAUUUUUGACUAUCGCAUGGGAAGAGGUUCAUCUUCGAAGCAUUUUCCCUUUCCAAUAUUUUUCCAUUGGAGCUUCUCUAAUUCCUUUUAUCGAACAUAAUGAUGCGAAUCGAGCUUUAAUGAGUUCUAAUAUGCAACGUCAAGCAGUUCCACUUUCUCGGUCCGAAAAGUGCAUUGUUGGAACUGGGUUGGAACGCCAAGUGGCUUUAGAUUCAGGGGUUCCCGCUAUAGCCGAACACGAGGGAAAAAUCCUUUAUACUGACACUGAGAAGAUCGUUUUUUCGGGCAAUGGGGAUACUCUAAGCAUUCCAUUAAUUAUGUAUCAACGCUCAAACAAAAAUACUUGUCUGCAUCAAAAACCUCAGGUUCGGCGGGGUAAAUGCAUUAAAAAGGGACAAAUUUUAGCGGAUGGUGCUGCUACAGUUGGUGGGGAACUCGCUUUGGGGAAAAAUAUAUUAGUGGCUUAUAUGCCAUGGGAAGGAUACAAUUUUGAAGAUGCGGUACUCAUUAGUGAGUGUCUAGUAUAUGGUGAUAUUUAUACUUCUUUCCACAUACGGAAAUAUGAAAUUCAGACGCAUGUGACAACCCAAGGUCCUGAAAGGAUCACUAAAGAAAUACCGCAUCUAGAAGGCCGUUUACUCCGAAAUUUAGACAAAAAUGGAAUUGUGAUGCUAGGAUCGUGGGUUGAAACAGGUGAUAUUUUAGUAGGUAAAUUAACACCUCAAGUGGCGAAAGAAUCCUCCUAUGCUCCGGAAGAUAGGUUAUUACGAGCCAUACUUGGCAUUCAGGUAUCGACUUCAAAAGAAACUUGUUUAAAAUUGCCUAUAGGUGGUAGAGGUCGAGUUAUUGAUGUGAGGUGGGUUCAGAAAAAGGGGGGUUCAAGUUAUAACCCAGAAAUAAUUCGUGUAUAUAUUUCACAGAAACGUGAAAUCAAAGUAGGUGAUAAAGUAGCUGGACGACAUGGAAAUAAAGGUAUCAUUUCAAAAAUUUUGCCUAGACAGGAUAUGCCUUAUUUGCAAGACGGGAGACCCGUGGAUAUGGUCUUCAACCCAUUAGGAGUACCCUCACGCAUGAAUGUAGGACAGAUAUUUGAAUGCUCGCUUGGGUUAGCGGGAAGUCUGCUAGAUAGACAUUAUCGAAUAGCCCCUUUUGAUGAGAGAUAUGAACAAGAGGCUUCGAGAAAACUGGUGUUUUCUGAAUUAUAUGAAGCCAGUAAGCAAACAGCGAAUCCAUGGGUAUUUGAACCCGAGUAUCCAGGAAAAAGCCGCAUUUUUGAUGGAAGAACAGGAGAUCCUUUUGAACAGCCUGUGAUAAUAGGAAAGCCCUAUAUCUUGAAAUUAAUUCAUCAGGUUGAUGAUAAAAUACACGGACGUUCUAGUGGACAUUAUGCACUUGUUACACAACAACCCCUUAGAGGCCGUUCCAAGCAGGGGGGGCAGCGGGUAGGCGAAAUGGAGGUUUGGGCUCUGGAGGGGUUUGGUGUUGCUCAUAUUUUACAAGAGAUGCUUACUUAUAAAUCUGAUCAUAUUAGAGCUCGCCAAGAAGUACUUGGUACCACUAUCAUUGGAGGAACAAUACCUAAACCAGAAGAUGCUCCAGAAUCUUUUCGAUUACUUGUUCGAGAACUACGAUCUUUGGCUCUGGAACUGAAUCAUUUCCUUGUAUCUGAGAAGAAUUUCCAGAUUAAUAGGAAGGAAGUUUAAUCGGAAUGAAUCACAAAAUUUCUU